CUAAACCUCUCUUACUUUUGGCUUACUUCUAAAUUUAAGUCUAUUCUCUCGUUCUCUCUUAUUUUCACAAAACAUUCAAAUAUAUCCAUACCCCUCAAUUUCUUAAUAUCUCUCCCUCUCUUUCCUUAUAUCUUUUUCCUCUUAAAAUUGUUCUAAAUUUGUUCCUUUAAUUUUAGUCUCUUCAUCCGAUAUUUAUUGGGAAAGAAAAGAAAAAGAUGAAGGGGAAUACAGGAAAUCCACUAGCUUUGACAUCCUUGAAUCACAUAUCCCUUGUUUGCAGAUCAGUUGAAGAAUCCAUUGAUUUUUACAAGAAUGUUCUUGGAUUUGUCCCCGUUAGGAGGCCUGGAUCAUUCAAUUUUAAUGGCGCUUGGUUGUUUGGUCAUGGGAUAGGGAUUCAUCUCCUUCAGUCUGAAGAUCCAGAAAGAUUGCCAAAGAAAACUGAAAUUAAUCCCAAGGACAAUCAUAUAUCUUUCCAGUGUGAGAGCAUAGAUGCAGUGGAAAAGAAGCUCACACAAAUGGGGAUAGAGUACGUUAGACAGCUAGUGGAAGAAGGUGGAAUAUACGUAGAUCAGCUAUUUUUCCACGACCCAGAUGGUUUUAUGGUUGAAAUUUGCAACUGUGACAACUUGCCUGUGAUUCCAUUGGUUGGGGAAAUGGCUAGAUCUUGCUCCAGAGUUAAUCUUCAUCAACCUCAGCCAACACAGCAACAACCCAUAGUACAUGUCCAAGUCCAACCUUUAAUUAAACUAGAUUAAUGUUCCUAGUUUAAGAUUAUAAGUUGGUUACUUACAAUGUUUGUUACAACAGCUUUUUCUUUUUCAGAAUGUUGUUGCUUUCUUUGUAUGAUAGUUUUGGUAGCCCUAUUGAUUUGAAAUGUGUGUUCUGGAUUUAGGUCCAAGUGUACAACCUUUCGAUUAAUUGGACAAAAAUACCUGAACUAACUUUGUCAA